UGAAUUGUGACGUGUAAUGCUUUAUCAAUGACCACGUAUGUAUGCUCUUGGGACAAACGUUUUCAACUAACGUAGACAUCUUUGCUAAUGCUCAUCCGUGACAAAGUGGUUUGCCAGUGUUCGUCAUUAAUUAUAGAUUCAAGUUAAUGUUAGAAUAUGAUUCUUUAACGAGAUUUCACAAUUUCUUCGUAAAAUAACAUCAUGUCUAAAUGACGCGAUACAUAUGUAUACAGGUUAUAUAUUUAACACAUGACGUGCAGUGCAAUCACGCCUGUGUUAGUACUUUAAAGUUACGGUAGUGGCAGCGCAACAUAACCUAUCAACUCAAUAAUUUGUGAUUUCCCGUAAAUAAGACCGAGUGCAACUACACUUUUUAAUAAGCUUGUUGCUUCGUCAUUCGCGCGUUUAAAUAGAGAUUAACUCGAAAGAUUCCUGAAUUGUUUAAUUCUCGGUCUACGUGCUACACGUCGAUGUUUUAUAAAAUAGCGUGCAAGGGCUUGACAUAUUGUGUAGUUUUGAUCAUUUUAUGCAGUAUGGCUCAGUAUAGAAUAGUCGUUUAAGUUGACCCUUCUAUGUGAUCAUUAUAGUCUUCUGGAAUAAAUUGUUAACAAAAUUUAGCGUAGUCUUAUCGGGGAUCGAACGAAAUUCCCGUGGUGCAAAAAAAGAGUCGGAGGAGAGUGGUGCGCAAUUAGCCCUCAACGAGGGAGAAUCGAAAGCGUCGAAAGUAACGAGUCAUCUACCGAUUCAAGAUGGCAGAAGGCCAGGACACUCGGAAGAAAAUUACUAUUAACGUCAAAACGCCGAAAGAGAAACAGAUCGUCGAGAUCGAAGAAGAUGCGAGCAUAAAAGACUUCAAAGAAGCGAUCUCAAAGAAGUUCAAUGCCCAAACCGAACAACUGUGCCUGAUCUUUGCUGGAAAGAUCAUGAAGGAUCACGAAACAUUGAGUACACAUAACGUGAAAGACGGUUUGACGGUGCAUCUGGUUAUCAAGGCACCACGUACUCCUACUAAUCAGAGUCAAGAUUCUACAGCUCAAAGAUCGCAAGCUGAUAUAAAUGCAUCACCUUUUGGAUUGGGAAGUUUAGGAGGACUUCCAGGGUUAGCGAGAUCCCUUCGUUUGAGGUCAACUAACUUUAUGGAUUUACAGCAACACAUGCAACGUGAAUUGUUGUUAAAUCCAGAAGCAUUACGUGUAGUACUUAACCAUCCACUGGUGCAAAGCUUGAUGAAUGACACAGAGAGUAUGCGUCACUUGGUUGCAGCUAAUCCACAGAUGCGAGAAUUAAUGCAAAACAAUCCUGAAAUUAGCCACAUGUUAAAUAAUCCUGAAUUAUUAAGACAAACGAUAGAAUUGGCGCGUAAUCCAUCUAUGCUCCAAGAAUUAAUGCGGUCUCAUGACCGAGCUAUAUCAAAUUUAGAAAGCAUUCCUGGUGGUUAUAGUGCACUUCGUCGCAUGUAUCGCGACAUUCAAGAGCCAAUGUUCGCGGCAGCGGUGAACGAAAAUAAUCCAUUUGCUGCGUUAGUAAAUAAUAGUGCUGAGGACGGUCAGAAUAAUCCGCAACAAGGCCAAGAAAAUAGAGAUCCGUUACCGAAUCCUUGGUCUCAGAAUCAAAGUAGUUCGCCGAAUCAACAAUCCUCGCCGCCGCAACCGCAAUCGCAACCGCAACCGCAACAGCAACAGCAACAGCAACAACAACAGCAACAGGGAAGAACCGGAGGAUUGUUUAAUUCACCUGAAAUGCAGAGUCUUGCGACCCAAAUGAUGGAAAAUCCACAGUUAAUAAGAAACAUGUUGAACGCUCCGUACACGAGAUCGAUGUUGGAAGCUCUGGCAGCUGAUCCAGGAAUGGCGUAUUCAAUUGCUUCCGCUAAUCCUUUCUUGCAAGGGAAUCCACAAAUGCAAGAGCAAAUGAGGACGAUGAUGCCUGCAUUUAUUCAACAAAUGCAGAAUCCGCAAAUGAGGAACGUUGUUACCAAUCCAGAAGCUUUAGCUGCCAUUAUGCAAAUUCAGCAAGGCAUGGAACAAUUACGUACCGUUGCGCCAGAUCUUGUUGAAAACAUGGGGAUGACGGCACCGCCUACUAUACCAACUACUACAACCCCGAGCGCAAAUUCUGCGACAAAUCCAACGCCACCGGCGACGCAAGAAACGCCGGACACGAAUCAGCAAGACGCGUUUUCUCAAUUUAUGGCGCGUAUGGUAUCGGCAAUGGCAUUGAACCAAGGCGUUGAAGUGGAUGGCCAACCUGCCCCCCCACCGGAAGAACGGUACAGAGCGCAAUUGGAACAGCUCACGGCCAUGGGUUUUGUUAAUAGAGAGGCUAAUUUACAAGCUCUAAUCGCAACGUUCGGAGAUAUAAACGCUGCUAUUGAACGGCUACUCUUUAAUGGUCAAAUAUUUAUGAGCUAACCACCAAUAUGCGACGCUGUUAUUCCACUACUAUUUCUAAUUUUUCCCUUAUUUACCUCUCACAACAGACGUAGUGAGAGAUAUCUGAGGUAACUGACUGUCGGAAAAGUAAAAAGUUAAAAAAUAAAAAAAAACCAUAAUACAAUUAUAAACUUCUACCCCAACUUUUGACAGAAUACACGCUACUGACUCGUUCAAUAUGCAUUUUUUAUUUUUGAUUGGUACCGUUAUCGAGUUUCGAUAAUACGAGAGUACUCAUACCCAAAUAUUUAACUUGUUGCACGAUAUAAUUCACUCGCGAAAUUUUCUAGUUUCAUUCUGUAUUCUGUAUUUCUCGAUGUGCUCUAAGUGCUAGAUAGCUCUGUUAAUGUAUUUCGUCGGUGUAAAUUUUGUUUAUUGCAUAUUUCCGAGAGAAUGAGCGAGGGAGAGAGCGGGAGAGAGUGUGUAUACGUGUCUGUGUGGUAGAGAAAAACUGAGAAUGCAAGCGGGAAAGAAUGUAUAAUACUAGAUUGUAAUACGAAGGAUUUACCCUUCUUUGUUAUAUUGUACAUUUAUUGGUGUUUCUUAGAAACAGUGGAACCUGCAUGGAAAAUAGAUUGCCGUUAAAAGAUAAAUAAUGUGCUUCUGGCUUGAUAAGUCGAUUAUAAAUUCCUUGGAGAGAGAAAUAAAGAAACGAUUAUUUCUAUUGCUUGGGUGUAUAAUCAUAUUAGUAAAUGUGCUGCAUGAAACAUGUUUACAAAAAUCGGUGUACUGUUGCAUGGAUACAUCUGGAAAAAUGGACAUGGGGUGAUUGCCAAAUGUUUGAUGUAUAAAAACUUGUCGAGACGAAUAACGAGAAAUCGAGCUGAUACAAUUUGUUAUUUCCGCUUAAAAAGGUGAAAGUGUUCGGUGAUCGAUUAGUUUUCCAUGUAAGUUUUAUAUAUACGACGAUAAGAAGUGGAAUAUUUCUUUCUUUGCAUCUUCUUUAUACCGACGCUCAUUAUUUUUGUUCUCCCCUUAUUUCUUUAGUUUUCUUCGAUUCUUGUAUUACUGAAAUGGAUAAAAAAAAAUGGAAGUAUAAAAAAUUUACUAAUGCACUACAUGUAUUUAAGAUACAAAUUUAGAGAUUUGUAGCGUGGUGAUCGAAAAUUUUAUGGUGUAGGUUGUUUAUAGAGAAACGCGCGAAGAAGAUCGAUUAUAAAUGAAAAUAUUACAUGUAAAUGUGUUAAAUCGUCAAUGUAAUCGUCGGUUAGGUUUAAGGUAAACGAGGAACGAUACAAAUUAAACAAGAUAUUGUAAAUUAUCCUUCUACUGAACAAAGAACUAUGAGGAUUAACGCAGUUAUCAUUUCAAUAUUUUUAAUUGAUAUACGUUUAUGUGAAGAUACCUAUGCGCAUUACAAUUAAACUAUUAUGUAUAUUCAGUCGAUUUUCACUGAAUAAGAUAAUAUUCUGUAUAAGCGAUUAUAUCACAAAAUAAAUUUACGUUUGAUUCGUAUUGGUCAACUUUUAAGUACGGUGGAAUACCUGAGGCUAUAUUCGAUUAUUACUUUAGCAAUACACGACUGGACGAUAUGUGCGGAUAGGAAUCAUAUAUUUAGGAAUAAUAUAGACUGGAAUUUAUGUAAAAUAUACAUUUUAAAUCGAUUU